GUGAGUGAGAGAGAGUGAGAGAGAGAGAGAGAGAGAGACCAGCACUGUCUGUGCAGCAGGAAAACCGACAACCCCGUCGCCUACACAUCACAUCCGGACCGGAUCCUCUGGAGGCAGCAGGGUCGGGGAUGCAUGAGGCUCCGUCUCCCCUCGGUGCCGCUUGAGAUGAGGACGAGACGACGACGUGCUCCCGCGGUGACACGUUACAUUCGAGCUGCCAGUUACUGCCGAUGACAACCUGAGGCUGAGUCGAUCCCAUCUGACCGAGGAAGAAGAUCCAGGCUGUCCGUCCGUCCGUCCGUCUGCUGUCAACUGUUGCUUAUUUCCACUGUAAAUGAAUCUUGUAAGGUAUAUGAACAACCGUGUUCCUCCUAAUAAGAGAUACCAGCCCACAGAAUAUGAGCAUGCUGCCAACUGUGCUACACAUGCGUUAUGGAUAAUUCCCAGUCUGCUGGGCAGCUCCUUGUUGCACUUCCACUCGGCGGACCAAUGGGAGCAGCUGUCGGCCUGGGUGUACGGAGCAGGGCUCAGCUCGCUCUUCAUCAUCUCCACCCUGUUCCACACUGUGGCCUGGAAGAAGAGCCACUUACGGUCUGUUGAACACUGUUUCCACAUGUGUGACAGGAUGGUCAUCUAUUUCUUCAUUGCUGCCUCCUAUGCCCCUUGGCUAAACCUGCGGGAACUGGGUCCCUGGGCGUGUCACAUGCGCUGGCUGGUCUGGGUCAUGGCCUCUUUUGGAACCACUUAUGUCUUCUUCUUCCAUGAGAGGUAUAAGAUCAUGGAGUUAAUCUGCUACACUAUGAUGGGUGUGUUUCCUGCCCUGGUCAUCCUCUCCAUGCCGGAGCAGUCGGGGCUGUGCGAGCUUCUGGCGGGCGGAGCUUGCUACUGCCUGGGGAUGGUCUUCUUCAAAAGUGAUGGCAUCGUCCCAUUCGCUCAUGCCAUUUGGCACCUGUUCGUUGCUAUGGGAGCAGCCAUACACUACUACGCCAUCUGGAAGUACCUCUAUGCCGAGGCACCCAACCAGGUCCAGACCUCCAGAUGACAUCAGCGCUGACCUCACAGGGAGUAGCUCCUGUGUUUGAGCCACUUCAAUGAGAGGUUGCGAGCUGUGUUCAGGUUCAGAGGCUGCUUCAUUUGGUGACCAUGUGCCUCCUCCAAAUCAUAUUAAGUGUAACCUCACAGAGACAAAAAAAAACAAACUAGUGAUGUGUUCCCGUGGUCCUUGUCAGCUCAUGAAGUUAAAUACAUCAUGACUAAGGGCCGAGUCAUACUUUCUGUCUGUCAUCGGUCCAUUUCCUCGGGACACAAUAGUGACUGAAGGUGACUCAGGUGAGCAUCACCAUCCUUUUUUGUCCACACCUUCUGGUGGACAGUGUUUAGAGAGAUUUAUGGAGUGAAUCGUCCCCAGUGGGAAUUACACAAAUGCAUUAUUUACAUUCUACUCAAGCUUGGGCACUGGUGGCCACCUGAAGUCAAAUACCUCAUUUAGAUGAUGUGGUUACGUGACACUUCCCAACUUUACGAGUUGAUGAGGAUAUCUGAACACACAUUAAGCCACUGACCGGCAUGAAAUAGAUUGUAGGACGCUGAGAGUCCCAAAGCAAACACUAGUGUAGGCUAUAUUUGGAGGAGACUUUGCUAUGAUACUGCCCAGUCAGCGCUCAUUGUGAUGGAUCUGGACUUCAAAGGAGGCAGCCUGUGAAAUGAGACACAACUUUGGUGCACUUUGAUUUUGAUUUUACAGUGUUUUGGCAGGUAUUUAUUUUCAUUCCAAUAAUCAGGGGUUAAAUUGCUAUUCUUGGAGCUUUCUCUCUUUGUGGUGCGUGUCCAGUUUUCAGUGCUCAUAAGCUGAAUUGAGUCUUAUUGUGAAAAGGAAGACAAUGUUUACAAUUAAAGCUGCUGUCAGUGAUGUCGUCCCCUCAUGAACACAUCUGAUGAGGCGGGAAUUGGAGUUCUGGUCUCCUGAGUGGAUCAAAUGUGGGAUGCUUGAAUUGUUUCUUCCCGAUUUACCGUCAGACUGAGAGAAUGAAGGUCUGGGAAACACUGCCAGGGAGUCCAUUAAAAGCUUCCAUAUUCAUCCAUUGAAAUGCUGUGCAUAGUCCUACAUUUUUACUGUUUCUACUUCAGAGUACACUAAAUUGUGAAUUGAUUACAUUCAAAUCAAAUAAUUGAGGGAUACAGUAAAUUUUUUCAUCUUGGAGCCUUGAGAAUGUAGAGCUACUGUAUUUAACUUGCAUUUGAAAUAAAAGGCUACACUGACAGCAGCUUUAACUGACUUGAAUAUCUUAAUUAGGGCCAUUAUUAAAAGUGUUACCAUUGUCAUUUAGCAGAAGGUGUUAUUUGGAUUAAUUAGGCUGCAAUAUCAGCAACUUACUGUUUCAAUUCAGAGCACUGGAUAGUAUCUUCUCUGUUGUUAUAAGUUUACACUCUAUAUGGUUUUAACAGCAGUUGCUUCAGUCGGUAAUUUACUGUGAUUUCCAUAUGAAGCAUGACAGUAGGAUGCUAUCAUUAUUAUUAUCAUUAUUAUUAUUAUUAUUAUUAUUAUUAUUAUUAUUAUUAUUAUUAUUAUUCAUUUUUUUAUGUUGACUAAUAUUCAUGGUGUCAGUCUUGAAGACUUUACCUAUGUGCUUCCAGCUUUACUCAGCUCUGCUUAGUAGAUUAUCUAGAAUAUUUACUGAAUUCUAAUAGUUAACUGUCGUUGGUUAUAGGUUUAAUAAGUGAAGAUGUCAUCAGUGCAUAUUUAUACAGUAUAUAUAAUCUAUCAAUGACGUACAGUAUAUGUUGACUUCACCUAUAUUUUCUUCUUUUGACGUACUUAUAGUGUUAGCCUAUGAUCAUCUUCUUCACCGCCGUCUUUAAUGGAUGGGACCCAUCUGUCAAAGCCACAUGGUUGAACCUCAGAGGAGGAAACCACUGUCUGAUUCAGCACUGCCAGGAAAAUCACCUACUGCCGCAACUAAUAGCACACUUCCAUUUAUACUGUAUGUCUCACACUUGAAAGGAAACUGAAGCUAUAGUAUUGUUGAACAAUCUGGCCCAAUAUUAAGGCAUCUCAGGUGUGUGUGUGUGUGUGUGUGUAUGAAAGUGUGUUUGGGAAAGUGUGUUUGUUUUUGUGGUUGUAAAGAUACACUAUCUGACUCACAUGAAUCCAAAGCCUAUCACCGGCUGAGUCUAUGUUUACACGUGAAUGCAUGUACCUUGAACACAUACGUUUGCAUUUGAACAUCUCCUGCUUCUAAUAUGUCUGAAAGAAAUACUUUUUGAAACCUCUGCUCUCCUAAGUAUGCAGUAUGCAGUAAACUAGGGGUCCGACUUUCUAUUUUUGUGCGGCACUUCCGGUAUGAACUUAAAUUUGCUUUGUUAACAAUCAAUGACAUCGAAACGACGGAUCAGUUCCACAUCGGCGUGAGGGCGACAUGACGUACAUGAUGUAACGUAUCAGGAUAACGUAUGAGGAUAUUUUAAAUGAUUUUGUGCUCUCGCUCGGUGUGGUCGGUUGAAUGAAUGAAUUAAAUGAAAUAAUUCAUCAAUAAAGGUAGCCACUAUCAUCCGGUUUUAAUUGCAUGGGGUUUCAUACCCAAACCACGUCUACAUUGACAUCCCGAUCCUUCUUUAAAUUUAAGGCUUUCAGCCACAGCGUGUUUCCUUGAAUGAUCAAAACAUUCCCGUUCCAUUUUAAGCCUUUAACUUGUAUACUUUAACUUUUAUAGCAAACCGACUGCACACAUGAUACCUGUUUAUCUUUCAAAGUUCACGUCCUGCCUGCUGCGUGAAGCUGCCUUACUGCUGACCGGAUAUGCCAGACUGAAAGUCUCGCAUAAAAAUAAUAGGGGAUGUGUACUUUCUAUUUUGGCCAAAACAUUUGAUUUGGCCAAUUUUUACGCUGGAUUUCCUAACGCAACCCUCCCGUUUAUCCGGACUUAGAACCGGCACGAGGAGAGCACCAGAUGUGCUUCCCCGUGACUGCGGUCAAUUUAGAGUGUACAGUUAACAAUGAGCAGUGGGUAUGUUGAUCUGGUGGGGACUCAACCUGGCAACCUUUCAAGUUCUCUCUCCGCUUGUCUAUGGGUAGCUUGCAUCAUUGGGAGCGGUGGCUCAUGUGAUUGAAGGCUCAAACUCAGCAGACCUGCAGGGUUUGUUUGUCAGGAGUUAUUAGCGACUUAGCAGUCCGACAGGAAAGAUCCACAUGCAUCCACGUUGCACUUCGUCAGCGUCCUCUCGUUCAACGCUCGCCAGAGACCAACCCCAGAUUCACUCAACAGCAACAACUAGUGUUUUGUCUGUGCUGUGUCUGCCAUUCUUAUUACUGCCACUUAUGAUACCUGAUGGCCCCGCCCACCACGCUGUUAUUGACUGGAGAAUAACACACCCAGAAAACAAGAAGUGUACCAACCCAGAGCAAAACAAAGAGAACAUACUCUACCUUUAACACAUUUUCACUACUGUCUGUGUCUCAGGAUCUGGAUCAUUUGGGCUGAAAAGCCUGUGAAGCAUGUGAAGCCACAUUCAGUGAUCACUUAAUCUGCUUUGGCCGUUUCAGGCAGCAGCACCAAAAAGUGAACUGUAAGCUUUACCUAUAGGUAAUAUUUAAAGAGAAACCAAACAGGAGGAGGAUUUAAAGAUUCAGCACUUAGGAUUGUUAAUUACAACCAACCAAACCAUCGAUUCACCCUCUGCGAAAAUGUAAAAUCCAGUGUUAAACUUUGUCCACUCUGAGCCUCUGUAGAGCAUGGUUGUGCAACAUGAUGAAAAAGACCGUCUGGAUGUAGAUCGCAGCAGUUCUUAGUGUCACAUUUCUGCUCGUAGGAAAAAAACACCACAUUUCUGCUAAAUCCAUUUAUCGUUUUAGAGCUUUCUAUGUAUUUAGAGACAAAUGAAUACUCCGGAGUUCCAAUAUUUAUUUAUUUAUUUAUUUAUUUAUUUAUUUAUUUAUUUAUACUCAGCAGGGAGGAGGUAUUCUGCAACAAGACCGACUGGCAGUUUGUCACAUUUGUCACAUUCUGGACAUCUCAGUUUGGAAUGAAGCGGUAUCUCACUAUCCUCUGUGCUCACGUGAGCUGCUGGGACAAACCAAAUGAUGAAUUUAUGGAGUUUUAGGACCAGGAUGGAGACGAGCUCCACAGAAGGGUGUGAUGAAGUAUUUGUCUUUCUCGUCUUUGUGAACAUUAAGACAUCUGACGCACACCAGACUUUGUAUAGACCUCUGUGGUUUGAUAAACUCUCCAUGAUGCCUUCAUGGACCUACAUUUUUGAUAGAUGCUCUGUGAUCGUGGCUCUGUUUUCAGCGCUGCUAGUGUUUUCAUUCUGGUUCCUACACGACUCAUUAUAUUGUCCUAUAUUCUUUGUCUCUUCCUCCAGGUCCUUUAUAUUAUUGGUUAUUGUAUCUGUGGUGCUUGUGUGCUGUGAUGAGCCUCUAUGAUGCCAACAAUGCUUUUAUCUUUUCUAUUUCUCUUGUAAUAAAAAAGCUUUUUUCAUGCAGUAUACUCUGGGACUCAAACUUGUUAUGUUUCACCUUUUCAAAUGUUUAUAGCUCCACACAUUUUAUCAAUUUAUCAAAUAUAAAAAUGUGAUUUUUGUUUUUUAAAUAUUGCUAUAUUGUGAACAAUAUGCACUUCUAACAUUUUGAUCUAAAGAUAUCUCUCAACUACAUUUUCUACGUUUUAGCUGAUUCUGAUUCAAAUGCACUUUCAUGGUAAAGACACUAAAUAAAAGUUAUCACAUAAUCUGACUUGUCUAAUCUGACAAGAUUAGAGGAAUCACAUGUAGUUAUUUAUUUCAUUAUUAGUUAGUUAGUCCUGAUUAUUAUACAUGAGAAGUUAUUCAUGCAUGUCUGUACUUGAUAUUUUUUCUCAUGAAACUGAUCAACUCCUUUUAUUUAAACACGCUUUCUAAAUACAUUUUAUUUGAUUGAACUGUAAUGGACUAAUAUUCCAAUCACAAUGGAUAAUAAUCAUUUUGUUAAAUAUUUGCAUAUCUUAUUGUUAUCGUCUUAUCUUAAGAACGUCUUAAGUACUUUGUUAAUCUAAGAAGAAAUUACUGCUUAAAGUGUAUGUCAAGACAGAAUACGUCAAUAAAUGACCAGAAGAGUCUCCAGACUUCCACAGAACCUCUCAGAAAAUGUUUUUCUCAAAGAGAAAAUAAGAGGAUUAAGGCCACGUGUGAACAUUUUU